AGCAACGGCGCGCAACCAUCACCAUCUAGUAUUUUUCUCCCACAUUUUCCUUUUUUGCUUCUACAACACCGUCCUGUUUCUCCAUCGUUCCUCUUCCUUGAUACUUCUUGUCCGACGCCUGCGACGGGGAGCACUUGCGUUCGCGAGUUGUUCUUCCUCGUUUCAGCGUCGCUGGAUCUCUCUCAUUCUCCCCUGUUUGCGUCGUGCUGUACUGUGGCUGGACAUCAAAAGAAAAAAAAAGGGAGGCAGGGUUUUGAUUAGCUGAAUCUUUGAGUGGGGAAGAGCUUCUACUAAGAGCUUGAAGCAAAUAGUUGGCAACAACCCAAAAAGAAGAAGAAGAAGAAGAAGAGAAAAGACUUAGAGAUGGAGGCCUUGAAAGCAUGUUACGGAGAUACACCUUCUGACUCAGACUCUGAAUCUUCCUCUUCCAGCCCAACUUUAGUCCACUCUGAAGGCUUCACUCCAUUGCCUCCACCUCCGAUUUCGCUCCUCAAUCCUCCAAAUUCUCUUGGAUCUCAAGAUUUUCUACAGACUGGUCAGACAAGUAGAGUUAGGGGCUUCCCUCAUGUUGAUGGUAACUAUGCAUUGCAUGUUUAUAUACCAAUCUGUGUACCAUCUCCAUCAAAGAAAGAGUUGGCUGCCUUCUUGAAGAAAGUCUCAUCUCAAGAGCCAAGUCUUCAUGCUGUUGAUGUUGAUUUACCACUUAAUAUUCUCUGCAAAAAUGAAGAGAAUCUUGAACAGGCUGUUUUAGGAAGGGAAUUUCACAUUAGCUUGGGUAGAACUGUCCCGAUACGAGUGCAUCAGAUUGACUCCAUGGUAUCGAUGCUACGACAGAAACUUCAAACACAACAGCUCUAUUGGAUUGACUUUAGUAAGUGGGAAGUUUUUGAAAAUGAUGACCACACACGCACCUUUUUAUCAUUAGAAGUGGUUCAAGGAGGGUUGAGAGAGAUAGCAAAACAAAUUGAAGCUGUCAAUGGCGUUUAUAAGCUUCAUAAUCUCCCUGAGUUUUACAAGGAUCCUCGACCUCACAUAUCCUUAGCAUGGGCAUUGGGUGAUAUCAGUCAUUCCCUGAAGAAAGUGGUUGAAGAAGUAAUAAAGGGAAGUGCUGUUGAGAAAUCUGUAAAUAAAUGGUCUUUUACCUGUAAAUUCAAAGGUAUUGAGUGUAAGAUUGGCAGUAAAACAUACACAAUUUGUAAACUUUCUGAUGGACAUUGAUAUGCUUAAGAGUAAGGGUCUUGCCAUUAUAUUUUUGGCUGCAAAUAAUUUAAUCUGAAA